AUGCAACUGAGGCCAAACCAGGACUCCCGGUCGCUGGACGUCUGCAUCCAGAAGAUCCUCCUGGCACCUUGUCCUCCCCUUGAGGUCACACCAGCUACAUUCCUCUGUCAGGCCUUUGGUGUGGUGGAGAAGAUGUACGAGGACAGCCUUGUCGACUUCCUGAUUCCAGCCAAGCACAUCUUGCGGUGGGUCCAGCAGGAUGCCUGUGUUCAGUAUUAGGGUUUGCUCUUCCGGCACAAGGGCCGGCCCCUUUGCAUUCAUGAGAAGAUUGUAAUCCAGCUGGCUUCUCUCCGUUGGUGGAUCUUGAGACCGGGGGCCUUUCACUUGCAAGUGGUUCCAUACUGGGAAAAGUCUUCACGGAUCAUAGCGAAAUUCUUGGCCAAGGACAGACACAAUGUGGAGUUGCUUGUGGUACCUGAGGCCUCUCGCACCUCUGUCUUCUCUGUGGAAUGGCUGAACUCCCUCAACAGAAAGUGGCUGGGAACUGCAUUGGAAAACUGCUUGUCAGCCACGGAUGGUGAAAUAUUCCGAGUGCCUUGGGACAAAAUAGUCACUCCAGAAUUUAUCAGUAAGUCCCAAACAACUGAGGAAAAUAAAAAGAACGCACGUUUUGCCCCAGUGACUGAGAAGUCUUCUGCUCUGGCCUUUCCAGUGGAGGAGCCCCAAAGCAGCUGUCUUUCAGAGGGACCUGGCCUUUUCCAUGAGACCAACUCAUUUGCAACUGUGACGAAUGAGCCUGCUGAUAAGCAAUGUAGGAGCCCCGAGCUUGGGAAGGACUGUGAAUGUGAUCUGGAAGGAGAGUAGGUGGGCCUGAAAGGUGUCUCACUGCCUAUGUUUGGGCCUCCCAAAGGAUCUUUAACUCAGCCCAGCACUUUCCAUUGGCUGAGAGCCAAGGACAGCCAGGAGCACAGCCAGAACAAUAGUCUUUGCUGGAGAAAUCGUGUUGGUUCGGCUGUCGCAUCAGUGCCAUCUGGGCAGCUGAGGACUUCUGACAUGCAGACUGCUAAUGUUGCAUGUUCUGUAAAUAAUGAAACACAAUGUGACAAAUUAUUCCUGAAACAUCCUGGAGAUGCAGAAAAACUUCCAGCCUCUUUGAUUCCCCCUGUGUCCUCUAUCAUUAAGGAGCCGCCUUCUGCCAAGGCCUUACAGGCACAGCCAGAACAUGAGCCUGAUCGGAGGUAUGCCAUGUGCACUUACAAGGAUGAAGAGGAUGCUGAAGGUCAGACUCCAGGGACGGGGACGUCCGACACAACAGGAGGCAGCUUAGAGUCACCCAAGCCUUCCGCGUCCUAUCCUGAUGUUUUGGGUAUAGGCAGAAUGGGCAGCAGUCUCCUGACAGAGUGGGAGAGGAGCAGCUGCAAGGAGGAUUCUGACAGCUCCAAACUAAGGCUGGAGAGAAAUGCUUUUUCUCCAACCAUAACCAAAUCAUCCCAGAUAGGAUCCUUUUCAAGUACGAGGGGAGCUGACAAUGACUUCUCACAGAAACAGUCAGCAGAAGUUAAAGGCCAGUGUCCUGAAUGGUUAGAACAGCUACAACCUCUAGAGCAGAUGGAAGGAAUGCGAGUGGACCAGUUAACAGAGUUGGGCAAUAGAAUAAGCAUGGAGGGAAGUCACCAAUGGCAGACUAAACCAACGCUCCCUAAGAAUGAGUGGCAGCUUAAUUCCGGAGACCCUUUAAUCCCGAAAAGGCAGUCAGAAGGAUCCCUUCCCCAGAAGGCAGGGCAGGAGAAUACGGACUGUUGUCCACAGCAAGUGGAAGGCAGCAUUCUGCUUCCCCUUUCUGAGGCAGUGCUGAACAGCCCAAGAACAGCAGGGAGAGAAAACAGCAACAGUCCCUUAGCGGAAGUAGUUGGACAGGCAGGGGGCACCCGCAGCACCAUUGACCAAGACAGUGCUGCACCAUGCUGUGUGGAUCAGCCGCGUCUGUCAAGCACACCAAACGCUUUGUUGAUAGGGAUUUCCAAGAAGGUGGAAAGCUUGACUCUGCAAAGAGGACAGGGCAGCCAGGCUCCUUCCCCAAAGGAGGAGUCAGGCAUGUGGGCCUUCCUGGAAGUUGGACACAAGUCUGUCCUUGGAACACCAUACCAGUUUCAGCGCAACGAGCCAGAGACAAACUCCAUGGCAGCCCCACUCCCAGAACUCCAACCAGCUGCGAAGUUGCCAGAUUACACCAAGCAUAUCUCACAUGGGGAUCAGAUCACAGAAACGUCAUUGAAUGGGACAGAAAAUGUCAGUAAAGGAGCUGGCAACAGUAGCCCGGUACUGAGCACUCCUUGUGGCUCUGGGGACAAAGACCCAGCCUUGGCUGUGCAACUGGAACUCCUGGAACUCCCAUUCAGUGGAAUUCUGGAAACAGCCCCCCUGCCAACGAAGAGUGUGAAUUGGGAGAUGCUUCGGAGUGGGGUUGCGUGCCUGCCAGGUACCAGAGACAAAUACGGACAUGCGGUGGUCAUCAUCACAAUGAGGAAUGCUAUUUGGUCAUGCCCGGACUGCAGUGCCAGUGAACUAACACGGCUUCUCCUGUAUUUACGCAGCAUUCUCAGGCCGGAGUGCAAAGCCUUGGGCUUAACCAUCCUGGUAGAUGCCCGGCAAUGUUCCCCAGUCCCAGCUCUCUUUACAGCUUUAGACACCUUGCAGGACACCGUCCCACGCUGCAUCCAUAGAGCCCUGCUGCUUGUGGAGAAAGGUCACACCUUCCAGAUAGGAGAGCCAGCUUCUGUGCAGUAUGAGCUGCUCAGUUCCUUGAAGUCCCUCCACGCACACGUCGAGAGCCAGCAGCUGCCCCAAGAAUUCAGUGGGUCUCUUCCCUAUUGCCAUCAGGACUGGCUGCGUUUCCAAACGUGUCUGGAGUGCUUGCUGUGCGCGUGCCGAGGAGCUUGUCUUUUCCUCAAGGAGGCCAUGCAAGCAAUGGAGUCCAGCAGAUGGCCAGAGAAACCUGCGGAUGCUUGUGCCUCGUUGAGGAGCUGCAGGCAAAUGAUGAAGACAGUUCUGGACGAUGCAAGGCUGGCCAGGUUGCAGCUGGAGGGGGGGGUGCUCCUGGCAUACCUCAAGAAGGAAGAAUCCUGUAUGAUCCUGUCCGAGGACUACAGAGAUGCUGUGAAGAUGGCCAGCACUCUUUACGGCCAAGUGGAUGAAGGAAUCCACCAGCUGGUGUUGGUUUCAAACAAGCGCAUCCAAGCCCUGGAGCAGAUGAUGGAAUCUGAAGUUGUAGAACAGCACUGUCGGGAGAUCUCUGGCUGGAUCAAGAAUGUUGGCGAGAUGCGCCUCCUAGAGCUGAACACCCUGGACAAUUCUCUGGGUGGCCUGCUUCAAGCCAAAAGGCAAUUCCAGGAUUUCGCACGUGUGGCAAAUGAAUAUUGCCAGAGGGGAUGGGAAGCUCUGAGGAGGUGGGACAGGGGCGGAGACUUACUCGCCAGGGAGCGACACACAGGCCAAGGAGUCAAGCUGCAGGCGUACAGAAGCCAGCUCCAGGGAUUCUGCGGACAGUUGGAGGCCAGCAGGAGCCGGAUAGAGCAGGCAGUUGGCCUCUACAGAUUCUUGGAACAGGCUAACAAGUGGGCAGUGGAGGGGAUGCGGUUCCUUGCCAGCCUCAGCAUGGAGGACUCCUCUGCUGCUGUUGCGUGUCUGCAGAACUACAAGGAGCAGCACCCAGGUAUCAGCGAUGCCCAGUUCCAAAAGAUGAAGGAGCUGGCCUGUCUUUUGCCGAGCAGCGAUCCCCUAAAGAAGUGGCAGCUGGUCUGGUCCAAGUGCCAGAAGACCAAGCUUGGCUUGGAGACAAAGCUAGAAGCUGCCCUGAGGAUCUGGCGGCCUCUGGGACCUCCUGACUUGAAGCCCUCAGAAGAGGGAGAGUUCAGCUUGGCCAGUCUGGAUGAGAGGGCUGCUCAGGCCAAAGGUUUCAACAUGGCACUUCUACCUGAGAGGCCUAGUCAACUUUCCGGAUGGACUGGGGGCAAAAGGAUGGAUGAGGCUGAACAGGGCCUGCUCCGGGCUGCUUGCAGCCACUUGUGCAGGCUUGCUGUUGACACACCUAAGCUGUCGUGCAGCAUCUGUGAUGUAAGAGCCAUUCUGGAAGCCCCAGAGGCAGCCCCUUCCUCCAGGGAGCUCUCUUCCAAAAGAAGAUUGAGGAAGGUCCAGAGUUUGGACCUCACCUGCUCAGAGGGCCAUCAGGCUCUGGGUGAGCCAGGCCACUGUGGCAGCACCGGGGUCUUGAUUAAAGGCUUGGAAGUCAGCAGCACUGAAUUUGUGGGCAGACCCUGGGAAGACCAGCAGCACCUCAGCUCAGCAAAGUCUUCUGUGUUCUGUCUGCAAGAGGAGCAGAGAAGCAGGGGCCUGGUACCAGAGACAAGACGCUGGAGCAGCAAACCGCAGCACAUCAUGGGAGAGAUGGUGAUGACAGAGCAGGAGUAUGUGCGAUCUUUGCGCUGCAUCCUUGACAACUAUUUCCCUGAAAUGGAGCGGGUGGACCUGCCUCAAGGCCUGAGGGGGAAGCGAAGCAUCAUUUUUGGGAACCUGGAGAAGAUUUACAACUUCCACAGCCAGUAUUUCCAGCGGGAAUUAGAGCACUGUUGCAGCCACCCUCUGCGAGUCAGCCACUGCUUCCUGAGACAUAAAGACCAGUUUGGGAUGUAUGCCUUGUACAGUAAAAACAAGCCCAGGUCUGACGCAUUGCUGGCCAGCCAUGGGAACGCUUUCUUCAGGUUCAAGCAGACACAGCUGGGAGACAAGAUGGACCUGGCCUCCUACCUCCUAAGACCCAUCCAGCGCAUGAGCAAGUAUGCUCUGCUCCUCAAAGGUCUCAUCCAACAGUGUGGGGAGGCACAAGAGCUGGAGCUGGCUUACCUGCGAGCAGCGGAGGAGAUGGUGCGCUUCCAGUUGCGGCAUGGCAACGACCUCCUGGCUGUGGAUGCCAUCCGGGACUGUGACGUGAACCUCAAGGAACAGGGACAGUUGAUGCGCCAGGAUGAGUUCAGCGUUUCUCUGGGCCGAAGGAAGUGCCAGCGCCACGUCUUCCUCUUUGAGGAUCUGAUCCUCUUCAGCAAGCUUAAGCGAGCUGAGGGGGGCCUGGAUGUUUACAUCUACAAGCAUUCCUUUAAGACAGCAGAAAUUGGCCUGACAGAGAACUCUGGAGAGAGCGGCCUCCGCUUUGAGAUCUGGUUUAGAAGGCGGAAAUCAAGUGACACCUACAUCUUGCAAGCCAGCAGCCCAGAGACCAAGCGGGCCUGGACAAGCGAUAUCACCAGGAUCCUGUGGGAACAAGCUGCCCGCAACAAAGAAACGCGCAUGCAAGAGAUGUUGUCUAUGGGUGUCGGGAACAAGCCUUUCUUGGACAUCCAGCCUAGUGAGGCUGCAAUCCAUGACCGUGCAAUCGAUUAUAUUAUGAAAGGCAGAGGAGCCAGGACUCGGGCCUCCAUUGCUGUGUCUCUGUUUGACCACGCCAAUCCGUACAAGAGAUCUCCAGCUCCUCGGUCUGCUGGCAGCCCAUCCUCCUGCUCAGGGAUUGGGCCUCUCAACCUACAUAUGUACCUGGACCAGACCUUGAUGCCAACUGUGCUGCCCACCAACCUUCCGUUAAGGGCGGGAGUCCACACUGAGGAAGAUGGGAUGGAGAACGAGACAAGCAGUCAGCCCUCCAUGACCGAGAGCUCCGAGUCCUCCUGGGGCGUGCCUGGAAGUGGCUCCAGCAGCUCUGACAGCUGCGUUUCCAGCUUCUGUGAGGAUUGGAGGUCCCCGCUCUCCGCUGCAGCAGACUCUUCCUUCACCACCACAGAUGGGGAGAAGGCCUCUUUCCCCAAGGAGCAGCAUAUCUCAGCGGGAAGCAGGUCAGCCUGGCUCUCACAGCUGGAAUGGGAGCAGCAGCAGCAGCCGCCGCCGCAGCGAGAGCAGGGUUGGUGGUGGUUGCUGGAGCGGGCACCAAGGGCUCGCCGGGCUGGCAGGAGGCUGAUAGGGUGA